AUGGCCGCGUUGUUGCUUGGCUUGGCAAUGGCGGCAAUGGCGGCACCAGGGAGCUCAGCAGAGCGAUCCUCUCCAUCAUGGCUGCGGAUCUCUUCCCCCCAGGCCUCUUCCACUGCCUAUCUCGCUCCUCUUGCUGUCUCGUCCCGUCACGGACUCCUGCGAUUGAAAGGCGGCAGCGAGCAAGAGAGUCCUUUUCCCCCGUUGAAGAUCGCCAACAUCGCCAAGUUCAACAACUGGGAUCAUCGAGAAUGCUCUGUGGAGAACGCGGAGGAGUGGAGAAACUUCAUGAGUGACUUUCUCAAGAAGAACACAGGGAUCGGAGAAAAGAUUCCCAAGAAGAUCCAUCAGAUCUGGAUCGGUCCCAAGCAACCUCCGAUCGUCUGGCUGGACACCUGGAGGAAGAAGUACAGGUCACACUAUCCGGGCUGGGAGUACAAGCUCUGGACAGACCAGGAAGUAGCUGAGCUCCAGCUGAGAACGCAGGACCUCUAUGACAGCGAGCGGAUGUAUCAGUGCAAGGCUGACCUGCUGCGGCUGGAGAUUCUGUGGAGAGAAGGAGGAAUCUACAUUGACGCGGACAUGGUGUGGCUGCAGAAGGACCUUCAGGACGUGCUCGAUGCCAGCAAGGACACAGGCUUCUUCUGCGGCUAUGAGCCAGACACCAAAGACAAGCCCUACUCCGUCAUCGGCAACAGCUUCAUCGCCUGCACCCCCAAGCAUCCACUGGUGGACAUGUUGAUCAAGUACAUCCAGGGAGUCUACCCGCACAAACGUCCUUAUCAUGGCGUCGAGUGGGUCACUGGACCUCUGGCCUUCACUAAGUGCAUCUCCCACACUCAGAUGCCGUGGACUGUUCCACCGCAGGUCUGGUUCUACCCCAAGUUCCACUACGUCCCGAACCCUGACGCCAUCAACCUCAAGGACUUUCCUCACUCCUACGCCUUUCAGUUCGGCUACACCUGCAGCGGCUUGCAGGGCUGGGUAGCCAACAGCAUCAGGCGUUGCACCCUCGACAACUUCUGGCUUGAUAAAUGUCCCCAGCUCAAGGAGCUCGAGUGGCCGCUCGGCAAGCUCGUUCCCCUCCCCGACGCUGGUUCAGCAGCUCCAGGAGCGAAGAUACCCAAGGUGAUCCAUCAGUUCGCCUUCCAGGGCAGCAAGCCGGAGCGAUGGAUCCAGAGCUGGGCGGAAGAGUUUUGCCGUCAGAACGAGGGCUGGACGUACAAGUGUUGGAGUAGCAUGCAGGAACUGAAAGGCGACUACUUCUGCUGUAACAUGUACACCGAUCAACCCUGGCAGAUGGACCAGACUGCCAUGCAGCUGCUGGCCUUAGAAGUUCUGUACAAGCAUGGAGGCUUCCACGUGCCUCUCAGUAUCCCAUACAGCAAGGAAAGCGCGUUCAAGGUUCUCGCGGGCGAUGUCAUGAUCGCUCCUUCUCUCGACCCCUCCGUCCCUCAGACUUGCUUCUCCCAAGAGUCCAUCGACAAAGGCUUCAUCGAGGUUGAGGGCCUUCGAAUCGUCGGCAGCGCGGCAGGAAGCAGCAAGUGUCUGGAGAACAUCAAGGAGCUGAUCAUGAUGAAGCGAGGCUCUAUGAGCCAGCGCUUCCUGGCCUACCCCGACUCGGUCUCUGCCUACCUUGACUUCCCCACCUGGACGAGGUUCCUGGGAGCUGAGGAGAUGUACGACUUGUGCGGGUCGAUGAUGUCGGAUAAGGCGAUUCUGAGCUGGAGCUAUGACACCAUGGUGCCAGCCUACGUUGUCUCGCGAGAUCAUCGAAGCAUCUUGAAGACGACGGAUCGUCGAUUUAUCGCCAUCACCAACCCUGAGAUCUUUUACUACAAGAACCUCUGCGACGAGAUCCCCAACUUCAUUCGCCAGAUGGACGAGCAGCAUGGCAGCAGCUGGAAGUUCAUCGUCCUCAUCAUCCAGUGGGAGGCUGAUGAGGACAAUCUCGCGCUCUACCAGGCCCCCAGCGGCGCCCUGCCUCCCUGCUCCCUCCCGGUCGGGCUGAUUGCGAAUCGUGACAGCGGAAAGUUUCUCCCGAGCCUCAACGUGGAGCAAGAGAACAUGGAGCUCAUCACAGGUGUGCUUAGCAAGUUCCACGAGCUCACAGUCGGCGUCGGCAGCCUCAAGUUCGUUCAUGAUCGGCAACUCGCCGCCAUCUACCGCGCGAUCCCUUCCAUCCAGCACGCGUUUAAGGUGCUGGCCAACCACGAGCCUCCCUUGGACCACGACGGGCAGGAGCGGAACGGCAACACGCUCAAGGCUAUGAAGAACGGGCAGGUGCGGUAUGAGCUGCAGGUCGAUCAGGAGCAUCGAGCAUCAUUCCGAGCCUUCAACGACGACGGGGGAAUGAACUGCGAGAUCAGGUUGCAGGAUGGGCACGCGGGGAAGCGCGUGGACUACGUCAAGGUUUUCUUCAACCACCAGCUGGUGUUGGAGAAGCAGAAUCAGCUCUGCUAG